AGGCGGCGUACGGAGGGUGAUGAUACACUUUUGAUAAGUAGGACUGCCCUGUUGGCACAGGGAGUUACGCUGCUUGCGUUCGGAGCCGAUGUAGCAUGGGAAAUGGUUACGCAGGCAGAGCAGGGCGGACGGAGGAUUCGCUGGUGUCGCAGGGAGUUAACCUAGCUCGUCGCUGUUUACGCUACUGGCGCCUGCUCAGUGCGCAGAGGUUAUGCGGGUGGCGUAGUAAGAGGACGUAGGACGGUCGCUGGUUACGCAGCCCGCGCAGGGCGGGCGGGGGUUACGCUGGUGACGCAGCCGGCCCGCCAUGAAGUUCCUGUACAAGGAGGAGCAGCCCUUCGAGCGCCGCCGCUGCGAGGGCGAGAAAAUCCGCAAGAAAUACCCGGACCGCGUCCCGGUGAUUGUGGAGAAAGCCCCCAAAGCCCGAAUAGGAGACCUGGAUAAGAAGAAAUACCUGGUGCCGUCGGACCUCACCGUCGGACAGUUCUACUUCCUCAUCCGGAAGCGAAUCCACUUACGGGCUGAGGAUGCCUUGUUCUUCUUUGUCAACAACGUCAUCCCACCCACCAGUGCCACCAUGGGCCAGCUGUACCAGGAACACCAUGAGGAAGACUUCUUCCUGUACAUCGCUUACAGUGACGAGAGCGUCUAUGGCAUGUGAGGCGCCAUCCUCCCUGGCUACCGGGGUGCCCUCCUCCCCAAUUGGACCUGCACUUUCUCUUAUUGGUUGAUCUCUAUAAGAACCUUUUUUUUUUUUUUUUCUGACACCCCCAACUGCCUAAUUACAGCCCUCCAUGUAACUGCCCCUCCCCACUCUGUCUGGGUUUCCGUGGUUAAUCUCCUGCUCUGAUUUGUGGCCAUGAAGGGUUUUUCUAACAUCCCCCCUGCAUUCUUCAAAUUGCUGACCUCUCAUCCCCAUCAGGGCCUGACCUGUCACCAGGGGGUUCUGUCUGGCAAGUCUCUUAACAUGGUGUGUAGAGAGGUCUGGGGCAUAAUAAAAUGAGAAGGGAAACCCUGA